GUAUACUGUGUGGUUUUGUGUUUUAGUUUCUCUCUGCCCAACUAAUAUACUGUGUGACUGUUUUAAUUUCUCUCUGAGCAACAUUGACAUUGUAUAUGUCCAAAGAGAAGAGGUGCUCCUUCCUAUUGUAAUAUGUUAUAUAGGCAUAAAUAAAACGUGUUUGUGUGUAUUUUCAUGUCACCCACCAGCGGGAUGCGACGAUGAAUUAUGGUGCUGACAUAUUGGCAGAGGACCUUGUAAGCUUUAUAGGCUGAGCUCUUUUUUGGUUGGCAUUUUCAUGCCUAAAACCCACAUUUGCAUGUAUUCUUUAUUAUUGAGUUGUACUUUAUUUAAUUAAUUUCUAGAACGUAUGUACUAGGGUGUGGAAAGGAAUCUCAUAUGGGUGUAUUUUUUUUUUGAGUGCGGUAGUUGUUAGUCAAGUGAAACGGGUGUGUUCUUGACACUUUGGAAGAAGAUGAUUUCGCUCAAGCAAGAUGGGCUGUUUUGUCUACACGAAAAUUUGCUCUAUAAAUACCUUCCCAUUAGGUCAUAAAAUGUUACCUGCGCCAAAAUAAAGUCCAGAACAUAUAUCUCUCAUCUCCUCACUCUUUUGGCUGCUAGGGUUUGUGCACCUUGAAGACCAGUGAAGGUUUUUCAAUACCUUGCGCAAAAUAAUCAUCUUCGAGGGUUUGUCUGCUUAAACAUAUUCAAUCUCUACCUAAAGCUUUUCGUGGAGUUUGAAAGGCGAUUCGAUUGGAAGGAUUCAAGAUUCGGUGAUCAUGCGGGGGUAUGAUGAACGUAGAUUCGGCUAGUAGGUCUUAGGAUUGAGGAUACACGGUCACUGAAUGGAUGAAAGAAAAUGGGAGGAGCUCGAUAAGGAUUGCUUGGUGAAUGUGAUUAGGAGAGUGGGAGUUGAAUCUCUCCUGUUGAGUGUUCCCUUUGUGUGCAAGACAUGGUACGAAGCCACGUUGAGUCCCCUAUGCUGGCAACGACUUGCUUUUCCCCAAAUGUGGCCGGAUGAUGGUAAUGGGACUUAUAGUGGCUUCACAUCAAGAUUAGUGAAUAGCUAUCAAGUGAAAGGCUACUUCCCUUUCACGAGAUUUAUCAUGUCCAUAGUCAAGCGCAGCAAUAGAUCUGCAACCUUUCUUGCUCUUCCCGUCUGUUGCACAAAAGAAGCUUUGCUUUAUGUUGCAGAUGAAUGUCCGAAAUUAAGGGCUUUGUUGCUGCCUUAUGAAUUUGACUUGAAUUACUAUAGCGUGAUCCCGGGCCUUCUAAGCAAAUGGACACAUUUGGAGUUCUUGGUACUCGGAGACUGCCUUAAUAUGGAAGAAAUCCUUGCCCAAGUCAAUACUGUCUGCAAGCACUUAGUUGGAUUUGGUAUUAUAAUUGCCUACUUUGAGGAAAACGAAGCAUCUGCUAUUGUCAGCUUUCUGCCAAACAUAAAAUACCUGUCUCUAAGUCAUGCAUUCAUGAAACGGGCGGAUCUGGUGACAAUUUUGAAGGGAUGCAAAGAACUUGUGUAUUUUGAUAUAAGCCACUGUCAAGGUAUUGAAGCUGGUGAUGGUAAGAUACUAAAGCUUGCUUCUCAUAUUAGAGUAUUCAAGGACGAGGGUUCAAUGAGGGAUGAACAUUUGUGCGAUGGUUGCCCUUCAUUUCCUAUUGACGGGUUUCUUGAUGGUUAUUGCUCUGACUAAUAGUGUUCGGUGUUGUGUAUGUACCUAAAAUCUCUAUUGUGUUAUUUAUGUGACGAUGCAAAUUUUUAUUGAAUUUGCUAGUUUGUUUUGCGAUUGAA